UGCCAGGGAGCUGCAGGCAAACACACAUGUUCAAAACCUAAUGGGAGCAUUGACCAGUGUCCUUCGGCGCUGACAGAUGUGCAAGAAAAUCUAAAACAGUCUAGAAAUUUUGUUGUUGGGUGCAGAGGUGCAUUUUUCACUCAAAUGGAAUAACAUUCAAUGAAUGGCCGAAUCUUGAAGUGUUUGUUUGUUCACCAAUUUUCAAAUCGGUGGAAAUAAGACAUCUCGGGACUUUUGUCUGCCUUUGGAAAACUGGAAAAGGUUUCACAAAUGAGUUUUCUGGCACCUCAAAGGUAAUUUGCUGACUACUUUUGCUGUUCCUGGACACUUUUUGUGGGGGAAAAAGGCUGAAGAGGACCGCCAUCCCGUUGAGCAUCAGCCAAACAGACAACAAGUUGUUCAUAAAGGACUCUUGAGUGAGGAAUCAUGAAAGACAACUAUGGUGGAUACGAGAACCAGCUUUUCAAAGAGGAGGAUUUCACUGGAGAGGAGGAAAUGCCUUCAUUUAGGGGUCGCAGCAGAGGAGGCUGUAUGAGGUGCCAGCAGAGCCACUCUCUCCAGCUGGCUGUCAAAGUCCUCUAUGGAUUUGUUGCAUUCCUCGUCAUUACUGUGGCCGUGCUGGCAUCACUUGUGUUCAGGAAGGUUGACGGCCUGUCUGAGAAGGAGUCCGUCUACCACAAGAAGAUCUCCAGGGUCCAGCAGGGAAUAGAGGAGUUGAGCUCCACCUCUAACUGUUCGGGCUGUCUGGAUGUGACUCUGUACAGCGAGGAGAUCAGCAGGCUGAAGGGGGAGUUUGAAGACAUCCAGAGAAUGAUACUGGGACAGGAGCAGGUCCUAGAUCAGGUCUCCCAGACCCAGACCACCCUUAAGGCCACCAGCAACCGUCUGACACGCGACAUGCAAAACCACCUCAUGUCCAUCAAACUCCUCAACCAGUCGCUGGAACGGUACCUGGAUAGGGUGGAGGGCUGGAAGGAGGUGAUCGAGGAAACCGAAGAGAAAAUGAAGACUCUGACGGAGGAUCAGUACGACAUCAAAGCUGCGGCACAACAAGUCAACACGACGGUGGCGCUCAGCACCAUGUGGAUAGAUGCCCUGCAGAGAAAGGCAGAUGAGGAGACUCUGGUCCUCCAGAAGUUGACCAGCGACUGGCAGAACUACAGCCGAGUUCUGAACGCCAUCAAAUCCAACAUGAGCAGCACCACGCAAAACAUGCGUUUCCUCCAGAACAACAUCAUAGCAGAUCACCAGAGAAUCGCCAUGUCCACUGAGGUGUACUACGACCUCACCCAGCAGGUGAUGAACCUGCAGAUGCAGCUUGACAAUGUGACGUCUUUCAUGGAUGAACACGAGGAGAACAUGCAUGAUCUUCACUAUCAUUCCAGGUACUACGAGAACCGGACAGGUGAGCGUUUCUCUGCGCUGGAUGGCCGACUGAACUCUAUCUCGAUGGAGAUUGACACGAUCUCUUCCAGCAUCAACGCCACCGUCAGCCACGUCCAGAGCAUGUACAAGUACAUCAACAUCGAGAGCUCGUCCUGUCAGAGUCGCAUGGGUAGACACACCGAAGACCUACAGAACCUGAACGACACGGUCUUGUUACUCCUCCACUUGGCCGACACAUUCAGACAACAAAACAUGUUGCUGAAUGUGCGACUGGACAUGGAUGUCCGGAACCUGUCCAUGGUGAUGGAGGAGAUGAAGCUUGUGGAUGUUCACCAUACCCAGCUCAUAAAGAACUUCACUAUAGUAAAAGGUAUUCCUGGACCACCAGGGCCCAAAGGGAACCGAGGCGAGACUGGCUCAAAAGGACCCAUGGGACUGACUGGGAGCAAAGGUGACCGGGGCCCUGUAGGAAGCCGUGGAUUCGUUGGAGAGAAGGGUUCUAUUGGUUCUAAAGGAGCACCAGGCGAAGCAGGCCCCACUGGCAAUAGAGGGUCAAUAGGAAUAAAAGGAGCUAAAGGGGCUCCUGGUUUUCCAGGACCACGUGGUGAGAGGGGCCAGAAAGGUGACAUGGGCCUCUCUGGUAAAGACGGCAUCCAAGGUCCCGCAGGGCCUCCAGGGAUCCAGGGUCAGGCAGGACUACCGGGCAUUAUUGGGCCACAAGGACCAAGGGGAAAACCAGGGCCAGGAGGGCCGCCUGGACCACCAGGAACCCCUGGACCUCCAGGCUUGCCAUACCUCCAUGACCGAAUCAACACCCAGCAGCAGACCGUGACACCUGCUACUGGGUCCAAGAGACAGUAGAAAAAUGGACGAAGACCUGGACUCAGAGGUGAUUUGUCCUGUACAAAGAAGCUUAAGAAUCAUUGAAGGAUACAAACUGAAAAAACAUCAUCCAUUGUGACUGGAGGUGGACGGAGGAUAAUCCAUUUCUAUAGGAUUAUGAAAGACAAUAGAGAUGCAAACAAUCAAAUUAUAGAGGGCGCUUUUAAAGGAGGCAUCCCCCUGAUGUUAUGACAUGGCAACGUGAAAUGAACCAAAAGGAAGAUCUAAAAAACAGAAGACAGGACUGCUGCCACAAACUGAACUGUUGUGGAGAGUAGAUGAGUACCCAAGGCUAAAAAUGAACUGUGUUUAGACAGACUUGAGUUUUGUAUGAUGGUAUGUUGGAGAAAACUGCCUUCAUACAUAUGACUUCAUUCAUAUGACAUUUUACCAGAAUUAAAACUUGUCUUAGAUGAUGAGAUAAAAAAGAAUAAAUCUGUGAUUGAAAUUCAAAUCUCGCCUUGUUGAAUGUACUGGAAGCACAGAAUAUGUUUGAGGUUGUUGUCAAGCUACCAAGACCUCAUGGGGUGUAAUAAAUAGGAGGGCUGUAAACCACAGAUUUGGACUAAAGUAGUGGUGUUUUCCCAUCCAGACUACUCAAAGGUUUACAUUCCCAUGCACUACUCUAUGGGCACAGAAAAAUAGCUUUUUGAUUUUACCUUAUGUACAUGUUGACGCAUCCUUUUCUGAUGGAUGGCACUUUACUGGUUCCUACAGUGUAAAAAAUAACAUGAGUUUGCGUCUCUUUUGGCAUUUCAGAGCAGGUACUCUGAAGACUUUUCUUUCAUCUACUGGGCAGAACUGUGUUUGAAGAAGCUGCAGAAUUUAUGGCCUCUUCCACACCUGGGUUUGACAUUGUCUGCAACAUUUACUUCAGUUGUUGGACAAAGCAAAGUAAGAAUGAAGACAGUAGUAAAUGACUCACUUGCUGACUCCUGUUGACACGAUUGUGAAAACAUUCUGGGAAAUACACUCAUUUGCUCUUUUUCCUGAGAGUUUGAUGAGAAGAUCGAUACCACACAUGUCUGGGGCCAGGAGGUGAUUAGCCUAGCUUAGCAUUAAGACUUGAAGCAGGAGGAAACAGCUAGCCUAACUCUUCAAAAACAUGUGUUUCGCUUAAUUUGUACAAAAACAGAAACAGAAAUUCGACAAUAUGUGGUGUUAAAGGGAGUUUCAUUCCUUUAACUUUUUCUUACAAACAAGAGUUUAGCAAUUCUACACUUCUGUGCAGAGCUGGCUACAUUCUGGAGCUGUUUACCAAGAAAUUGUACCAGCACAUAACUCCCUGAAACUACAUUUAAAUAAUAAAUUGCAAGUAUUUUUAACUUUGCACAGAGCCAGGAUAGCUGUUUCCCUCUCCCGACUUUUUGUGCUAAGCUGCGCUAAUGUACUAAUGUACAGCUCUGUACCUCAUGCAUAGACAUGAGAGUGGUAUCAAUCUCCUUAUCUAACUCUUGGGAAAGAAAGCAAAUAUGCAGAUUUCUUGAACUAUUCCUUUAAGAGAUGUGAAGGCUAAACAGGUCAUAAAGCUCAUUCAACAGAUAAAUGAAUCAUGUUCAUGAACAUGUUCAGUACUAAGAUGAAAAAAGUUUGUUUUUCUGCUAAAGGAUUGUUAUGUUUGCCACAAUUUCUGCUUUUAACAAUUGUGAGAGCAGAGGGUUUAGUCUUAGGAUACACGCAUUAAUAACCUUUAUUAUCUCAGACCAAAAAAAAAACUUUUACAAAAAGGGAAAUGUACUAUUUUUGUAAACCUGUGUGUUGUAAUGAAAUGCGACUG